AGGAAAGGUAUCUGCAGUGCUGUGGGAAAUAGUAGGUCGGAGAAAUACUCCUCUGCUGCAGACCACAGCAGAAAAAUACACAACUGAUGUAAAACUAGAAAUAAUAAAUAUUAUAAAUCCUGAUAUGGUAGGCCUACAGGUCGGAUGUAUCCAAUAGGCUACCGGCCAGGGUGCUGCUUGGUGUGAUGUCUUCAACGCAAAGUGGAUAAACUCAGGUUUACUCAGCGGUGCGAUGGAUUCAACUGGUCAUGGCAAUUCUGAGCUUUAUGGGUGCAGGUUCUAUCAUUCUGUACACAUUUAUCCAGAGACUGAUGAGAAAAGCUGAGGUGAAGCCUUUGCUCCUGCUGAGUGUGGCGGACCUGUUGUUGGCGGUGAGCUGGCUGCUUGGGGCCUUUCUCUUCAGUCACGGCUGUGAGAGCAGUGCCACCUGCUACAACCUCCACACAGUGGAACAGAUGUUGUACAUGGCGUCAUUCUUCUGCACUCUAAACUACGUCGGAGCGCUGUACACUGACUUAAAUGAGAAGAACCACAGGCGAAUAAAUGGCAUUCCAGCGCAGUGUCCAGCCGAUACAAACCCAUUCAGCACAAUAACUGCAAUCAUUUCAUGCGUGCUGCCUGUCCUGCUAACAGCUCCUGUCUUCAUCACUGGCAACAUGAAGCAGUGUUACACAAACUAUACCAAACCCUACAGGUGUCUGCUGAUGCACACUGACGUGGUCUACCUGAGCACUGGGCUGGAGGGGGAGGUCGAGGCCGCGGCCUGCAGGUUCACCCGCAUCUACAGCGUUGCCAUCUUUCUCGCCACGUUCUUCAUCACAUUGCUGGGCAUCGUGGUGCUGAUGGCCAAAGCGCGUUCCCUGUACAGACGCUUUGUAACCUCUCACGGUUUCUUUGGCGACCAGCAAUGGGCCACUCUGGGCGUGCUGAAGCGUCGCAUGAUCCUCUACCCUUCCGCAUUCUUCUGCUGCUGGGGCCCGGCAACGUUCUUGGCCACCAUGAUGCUUUUUAAACCAGAGGCUGUAGAAGGAGGUGUGGGAGUUGUCUUUUACAUUCUGCAGGCCUUCACCUCUGCCUCUCAGGGCCUGCUGAACUGCCUGGUCUAUGGCUGGACACAGCAGCACUUCCGCUCCCUGAGCACUGGGACCAAGCGGGACGCGGACACCCAGACUCCCCUCCUGCGCUCACAGAAAGGGAGAGAUUACUCCGCUCUGCGGAGUGUGGAGCGCUUUCAGGGCGUGUGAGGCCACAGCCACACAUGUGUGCGACCGAAAGAAAAGAGACUCCCAAGCCAGACAGUGUUCUCCCAUUCUGACAUAACAGCAAUGCUGCUUGUGUGACUCUGGUGGAGUCAGCCAUCCCACAUGCGGAGACAAAUAUGAAUGCAUAGGCUAUGUGACGCCAUGUGCAGUUAAGUAAGGGAAGAGAACGAUCCUAUUAGUAUGACUGGGUACACAGCUGGGAUUGAGUCUUGACUGGGAUUGUUGCUGUGGUGAUGCCGCACAGCCAAAGGUAGACACCUGCUGAGAGCUGUUAUUGACCCACACCUGUCUCGAGCAUUUUUUAUUGCCAUACCGCCACAGCGAAACUACAGCAAGUUCAGAGAGAAGGACCUAUCUGAGUGUAAAAAAGGGGAAAACCAUGGGCAGCCACGGGCAGCCACAGACACACACACACACACACACACUCUCACACACACACACACACACACAAAGGGAAAUUCUGUCUUGUAAAUGACCUGAGAGUUUCAAAUGGCAAACCUCCCAGCUGCUGUUGAACAUGCUGAAUUUGAAUGUUGAAUGCUGUGCUCAGUGUUGGUCUUAAAUAUGUAUUAAUGUAAGCAGUACAUAUUACAAAAUGGUCAAAUCGAAAGGUUGAACAUUUUAUGAGGUGUUCUCAAAACAUAUCCUGAUGUUGCUUUUUCUAUCUGUUGAUGCUUUUAGACAUUUAAACACAUUUUGCACACAUUUCACAUAGAGGUUGGAAUUAUAUGAUGUAAAUAAAGUAUAUUGAAUUAA